AGUGUCGGGGCGCACCUCGUCGCCGCUCCAUUCGUAGCUACGCCUCGACCAAUCGAUCGAUCGUUCGAUCGAUGGAUCGCUCGUAUCGUGCCGAACAUCCAACCCUUCGAGAAGAGCCGGGCCGAUCCACCGGAAGUUCCCGGUUGAACCGAAAAUCGUCGGAAUCUUGCGAUCCUCCAACUGGUGACUUUAAUAUCUUUUUUUCAAUGGUUCUUUUGCUUUCGAUUGUUUUAAUCAGAGUUUUUGAGAAGUCGCGUGAAAUCCUUCUGGGGAUAUGGAUCCCCGCGAUCACGGAGUCCCAACACGUGCCUCGAUCUCGUUAGCACGCGCGAGUGAGACGAAUGCCUGUUGCGAGAGCAAUUGCUUCUGGUGAUUACCAAGCACGAAGCAGAUUCGUCGAGUUUAGUCGACGACGUGAGCGUUAAGGAUAAUUACAGUGAACGGGAUCGAAUCUGGCCACCGUGUAUCCACCGGAAAUCGUCAGGCUGAUGGAUGUACGGUGCUCAAAUUGGAGCAUUGUGGCACUCGGAGCGGAUUCUGUCGAUGAUGAUGGUUGUCACUAGUUUCAUGUGUCCUGGAACAUGGAAUAACGCAAAACACGGAAUAGAUAUUUAUUAAAAGUGCCUGCGCGUUCACCGAGUGUGCGGACGGAAGUCGUCGAUCUGAUCGCUCCGAGGCGCUUUUGGAGCGGGAGGUUCCGAUGCGGCAACGCGAAGCGUACAUCGCGCGGACUGGUGGAGCGUGAGAGGAGUCGCGAGCAAGUUUUGGUGCUGAAUACCGUGAGAGGGAGAAAGAGAGAGAAAGACACUGCGUCGCGAUGUCGUCGACUGGUGAAUUUUCGACUUUGUCGAGCGGCGAGGCCACCGGAACCGGCGAGGACUCGCUGCCGAGCUCGAGGGAGGCGACCGCAGAGGCGGCAGGUUCCGGCGGUGGUUUCAUGCCAUUGCGCGAGUUCCUGGACAGAUUCUCACUGCCGAGAGUGGUCAGGGUCGAAGGUGCCGGUGGAAGGCCGAUACUGCUGUACAAGCAACAGCAGAGAUCGCUGAGAGUCACGGCGACGCUGCUGAUGCAUCGUUACCGUCACGACGUCAAAGUGGGGCCGGAAAUAGUCAUCCCGGAAGGCUACCCCGGCUGGUUCUCGGUGGUCUCCAACAACAGUGGUACCGGAAAUGCCAGAGUGUACAGGAGAGUCGGCGCCCUGGUGCGCGCCGGAGUGCCCGCUUUCCUGCUGGCGAAGCCAUUGAGGGCUUACACGCUGACGCAUUCCAAAAUGGAGAACGGAAACCUGCGGGCUCACUACACGAAGACGACGGUGCGCGCCGGCGAGGUCCUGCGCCUGACCGCCGUCUUCCAGGACACUCGGCGGGCACCGGUCGCCGGUGGCGUGUCCUCUGGAGUAAUACCGGAGGGCAAGUGCUCGCGAUCUUCGGAGAGGGACCAGUACGCCCAGUGCCUGGACUCCCACGGACACGAGCUGUUCGCUCCGCUCUCGGCCAGGGGCGAGUUCUACGCGACCUGUCAGAGCGGCAGCCUCGACACCGGCAGCGACGCGGUGCUCUACAGGGUUCACCAGCUCGCCAGGAGGGAUCUGCCCCUGAGGGUGCGUCUAGUCGCUGGACCUCUGCCCAUACCAUUGCCGCGUGAUUAUAGUGGCCUAAUGCAACUGGAGAAUGCAACCAGGGGACCUAUAGUCCUUGGCUGUGCGGUGCCGUUGAUGCCCGAAAGACCCUUACCUAAUACUACGGUGCCCGAGCUCUUGGAGCUCGUCGCCACCGGUCCAACCGCGCCUCGAGUGAAAAGGGCGCGACUGGGAUGUCCCUCCGAGGCGAGGUUGCUCGCCUCGCCGAAGAUGCAGCGAUUACUUUCGGCUUGCAGAAGGGCCUUGGACCAGCGGGCGACCGAGCCGCGCGUCGCCCCGCCGAAGCCAGCGACCAGCAGCGGGGGCCAGUUGAAGGAAUUGCAUCUGAAGGAGAUCAAGACGAAGCCCGAGGCGAAACCGAUACUGCAGAGCCUGAAGGAGGGCCUGGAGCACAUCAAGAAGUCAACGAUCCGCGAGCGGAGCAACAGCCGCAGCAGCGGUAACAACCACAGCUUCCUCGACAGGAUCUCGAGGAUAGCGCAAGGUGGCAGAAGCAGGAACCCGGCGAAGAAAUCGGCGUCGUUCACGUUCGCCGUGCGCCCGGAGAUUGGCAUGCGCUCGCCGGAGAGAUACGCCAGCCUCGAGUCGGAGACGAACCUAACGCAGGUGUCGCAGGGGGUGUCCCGGCAGCAGGUGCAGCGCUCGAUCUCGACGAGCGUCCUCGAGGUGCAGACCGGCAGCAGCGAUAUGGACCCACCGUACUCCAAAGUGCGGGACAGCCUGACACCGCUGCCGCCCACUCCGCCCCCGAAACCCGAAGAGAUCUACGCUGAGAUCUGCGAGCCUGGCGGCGGCAGCUUACGCGACUCGCUACAGGACGAGAAACCACCUCCCGUGGGAAAGAACGGCACCAGGGAGCGCGAUCGAGGUUACGUGAAGCUCGCGCUGUCCCACUUGGAAGUGUCCGAUGUGUCGGCGAGCACCGGCGACGAUGAAGAGGGUAUUUACAACACCGUCUGCUGAACGCGCGAGCGUCUUCUUCCGCCGGGGCGGAGGCAACAUCCGCGGGGGGUUCGCAAUCGCGACUCGGUAAUUGAUUCCAGCGUCGACCGGAACAAAUGACGUUACGUGUAAAGAGGGCCGAGAGGUCGCGGGAAUUCUUCGACCGGGUAUCGAUGAGAGCGCGUGUCCGCAGGUGCGAGCGGUACCGGAGCUCGUUCGUUUCUUCUAGAGGCGGUCUUAAUUUUCAAGUAUCGUUUCUCAGCAACAAAGACUAUACGGGGCGAGUUCUCUUUCAUCGAGCAGAAACUUGCUUUAGUUUUCGCCGAUUUACAGAAGAACUCAAAUAAUCCUCUACAGAAUUACAGAAGAACGUUCUCUUCUUCCCUCUCGCAAAUAGUUGUCGACCCUCGACCGUUCGCCCUUGCAGGAGACAAGCGGGGUAUCGAUCGCGUCUGCGAGCGGAUUGACGAGGAUCGGGAUUUACGGCUCGGCCCGGCGCGUCGAGGAAAUUGCUCCACCGGCGAUUUCUUUCGCCGCGGGAGGAUCAGGAGCGUCGGGGAGUCGACGACGCGAACGCGGACGUCCGCCACGGGGUAUCCGCGCAGACCUCUGCGCGCGAGCGCGCGCGGGAUGAUUUACAAGGCUGUUGACCGAGGAAAAUGAUCCCGUAAUUACGGGCCCCGGUGCAUGCUGCAGCGGAUGUUAGCGGGGCACGCCGGCCGCAGCUAGCACGCAGCAACGUUUCUUCGUGGCUUCCGUCAUUAGGGAAUCUGUCGUCUCGCGAGAGGCGUGUUAAUAGUAGCGGGCACCGCGAUUACCUCGGCCGUUGAGUGACAUUGAUGCCGGAAAAACGCGACCGGGCUCGGGACUGGUCUCGCUCAGAAAAUGUAUUCCCCGAUCCGGCGAGAUUCACCGUUGGAAGCUGGUCAUCUGAUGAUUUCGCUCCACUAAUAAACGCGCAAGACGUCAGUAAUGGGCUCUAAGCAAACCUCGAACUCCGAGUUCGAAUCUUUCAUUGUUGGAAAUUUCAUCGGCCGUUCUUAAAAAUAAUAAUACCUAAUUUUAGCCUCUCGACUUUGAAUAUUUUAAAUCUCUCGGCUCUUAUUAAAUGAUCCCUCUUCCUCGGAACCCAUCGCGUCGGGCACAAAUUUAAUUUGUCAUCGUACAUGAUUCUCGCAGUCACUAACACGCCUCAGGUUCCUUUAGCGAUGGGUGUUCCGUAUGACGAAGCAAGAACAAUGGAGAUAAAGGGGAAUCUCUGAGCGGACGAUGACGAUUCGUAGGGGAACGUGAGGCGGGUCGUUAAAUAUCGAUGUCUCGAGGCCGCAUGUGUAUCGCGAGCCGUCCUACUAGCAACACGGCAACGGAGAAACCAACGGUAGAAUGUAAACGAGCCGGUCGACGGCUUCUAGGAAGAAGGAAAUUACCGACGUCCUUCGAAGGUCUAGGUCGUCAUCGGGAUCGUUCGGGCUCGAAAGAGGCGGUCGAGACGAUAGCGGCGGCCAGGCCGAGCCGAGAUGGGCCGCCGCGGCUCGCCUACCCAGGGCAGCCGCUUUCUUUGCGAUUAAUCCAUUAGCUCGUCAUGCUUCGCGGAAUUUGGCUUCCUUUUCGUGUACGAUGACCCCGAAGUUUCGCGCGCCCGCGCUCGCCGAUUGCGUGACGUUGCGCGAGUGGCAGUUAAACGCAAGCGUGAUUGCGAGCCUCGCCGCUACGCAGCAGGAAAUUCGAAACGCUUCGUGGAAACCUUCGGAGAGACGUCCGCGCUUCUCUCCUACGCUCUCUUCUCGCGCCCUCUCGAGACGCGAAACAGGGCGAGACGGGGAGUCGCUGCCGCCAGAUCGGCAGAUCUCUGAGCGAGGAUGAUGAAGAAAGGGCGCAAAGAUUGGGGGAGGAGACGGGCGAGGAUGCGCCUAAUGGGAAAUACCCGCGGGCGAACACCGAAGACUCGGGAUUCGCUCGUUUCAGGCUUCUCCUAACGGGCAUAAUCUUCUGUAAUCCGACGUAUCUGCGCGCGAUAACGAUGUAAUAUUUGUAGCUCUGCUCUGUGUAUAUUUUUGAAUGAAUGAAGUCGUUACGACGUGGAAAUAAAGACAGCGUCUCUACGGCGAAAUA